AUGGAGCGGCGCCGCGCGCGCCAGCAGCCGCCGCCACCCGGCGGGACGCGACCGCACCGGACGAGGCCGCCGAUGCCGCGGGGACCGGCGGGGGCUGCGGGCGAGAACGGAGCGGAACCGGAGCGGGGAGGACGGGAGAGGACCGGAGCGGACCUGUUGCGCUUCGGCGGCGGGGGCCGAGGGGAAGGGCUGGAGGGGCGGGGAGGGGAGCGCCGCUCCGGGUCCCCGGGGCCAGGGGGCUGCGGGGGGCCGUCGGGCGCUGCCAAGCGGGGCCGCAGCCGCCUCAGGGCCGCGGCGGUGGGGCUGUCAGCGGCAGCCGGCAGCUCCGGCUUGAUUUCCAUCGGCAGCGCUCCGGCUCGCCGCUCGGCCGCGACUUGCGCAGGGCGGCCCGCAGGGAAACUUGUGCUGGCAGACGGCCGCGGUGCCGGUACCGGAGGAGGAUUGGAGUCUCCGGAAGCAAAGUUCUGUGACACUCCGACUCUGGGUACGAUAGCAGUCAGUGCACUACAGAACUUUGUCUCCGGAGGCGGCGGCGGCCCCGGGAGGCUCAGGGUAAAUAUAGCUGCUGCAUCUGGGUACCGAGGGUUGUUUCGGUGUAGUCAGGCCCGCCUGGCUCUCGGUGUAAAUGUGAAACUAACUGGUGCUCGGUGCAGCCCAGUCGGUGGUGGGGCGGGGCUGGGCGGCACCGGCAGCCCUGGUACCCGUGAUGCUGCCUGCGGGAACAGCGCGUCUGCCCAGAUACCUGGGCGCAGACGAGCGCGCAUGCAUGUGGCUACACCUACACACGGGUGUGGCGACGGCACACGCGGGCGACUUCAACGAAAAAAAGCCGAGAAAACAGACGCAGCCUCAGAACGACGGUUGCAGGGCGGGGCCUACCAGUACACGGUCGGAGGGUUGGGCGUUAGCGUCAGCGACUCAGGGACAGGGAGGAGUAGGGCGGAGCCACGCAAAUGA